CCCAAUUGCAUGUGACACCAUGCACUUCCGGUCCUGAAGAGUGAACAGGCUUUCGGCCCUUAUCAGUUCUCAGGUUGGCCCUGCUGCUUCGUUUUGCGCUGGGCUCUGCCACGUUUGUAAGAUGUCGAUUGUGCGCAAUGUUAGGUGCCUGACCAGAGGAAGAGUUGCUCAGGCCAUACUGGGUGCUUCCCCUAUCAGAGCAUAUCGUGGUGAUACUGAUGAUCGUUUAACAGAUAUCAUACAAAUACCACUGCCUCCAUGGGAAGAGCGAACAAAUGAGCCACUGGACACAAAGCGGGCACGCCUGCUCUAUGAGAGCCGUAAACGUGGAAUGUUAGAGAAUUGCAUUUUACUGAGUUUCUUUGCAAAAAAGUACCUGAAUGAAAUGACUGGGAAGCAGCUAAGUUUGUAUGAUAAGCUGAUCAAUCAGCCAACCAACGACUGGGAUAUUUACUACUGGAUAACAGAAACCAAGCCGACUCCUCCAGAAUUUGACAAUGAAGUAAUGACUUUGCUGAAAGAAUUUACCAAAAACCGUAAUAUGGAACAUAGAGCAGGGCAACCUGCCCUUGACUAUCUCUUUGAAGACAAAAAUUAAAAUGGGUUUAUAUUGCCCCUACAUGAACUACUGAUGAGAGAUGGAUUUACUUUUUGCAAAUACCAGGUAUACUCAGCAGCACACAGAAAUUCCUAUAUUCAAAUUUCACUGUCAGCAUUUUUCAAAAUUACAUACCACUAAACCUUUUUUCUGCGAUGUGUGAACUGCACUACAUACAUAAAAGUAAACCAUGCAACUAAAAUCCUCCCCUUCAAAGUUUGAUUCCUUGAUAUUUCUGUGUCAGAAACAAUUGAUUUAUAUAAAUGUUAAUGAAUGAGAUCAAUUUAUGAUUGUGUAUAAAAGAAAUUUAAGCUGAAAAAAGAUAGUAUAAUAUACUUCAUUGAACCUUGUUUAUUAGCUGAGUGGUUAGGUGUGAUAUUUGAGUAAUGUGAUAUAAAGUUACAAAUUAUUAGCUUUCCUAAGUUAGCUAAGUCUAGCAGAAUGAUUGGAAUCGGCAAAUCCUCCAACCUAGUUACUUCUCUAUCCCACAUGAAAAAUUAAUGAGAGUGAGAGGGGGAAAAUUACAUGAUCAGAUCUCUUGCCCUGACCAAGACUGGAAUUUAGGAAAAAGAGAGCAUUCAGAAGAUUGAAAGAACCUGUCCAGGGUACUUGAAAGCGAAUGUUAUUAAUAGAAUGACAUAACUGGGGGUGGGGAAAGGAAAAUGAGUUGUUUAUCCAUGAAACACUAGCUUCUAACAUUUGCCUCACUUGUUAACCAGAAUAAAAUUGAAUGGAGUAACAACAUUUUGUUAAAUUUAGGUUAACAAUAUCAGUGAGAGAAAAUUAUUUAAUACUUCAAAUGCUUGCAAUCUCACAAGAUUCCAUUACAAGUGUGAACAUUGAGGUUAUGGAACUAUAUUGUUGUGUUUGUUUACUGUUAAAGUACAAUGUUCAAGAUUUCUGUAUGUCCACCACUGUUAUUAUUUUCAUCUGGACUAGGAUAAGCAAAUUCAUAAAAGUUGAAGCAGUAUCACAAGCUUCUUGAUUACA